AUGCAUUUAUACUUGGGCGAGAGUCCUCGCACUCUCUAUCUUAUAACGAGCUCUCAAGAAGAGAGUGUAGGUCGCCCAAGACGAGCUCUUGUCUUCCGAGCGUCACAAGCCAACCCUUCUCAAGCAAUCGUAGAAUUCCUCCCAAAGGACGAGGUCGAUAUCACCAGUGUUGUGCGGCUGACGAGUCGAUCGGUCAAAGGAUGCCUUGGACUCAUCUCCGUCGGAAAUGACUUGUUUGUGGCCGUGGUCACUGCCUCUUCAGAAAUCGGGAAUAUUCGUUCCUCGGCGCGCACCCCAGAAAACGUCUCCAAAAUACACGAAGUAGCAUUCUACAGUCUUACCUCGUCAAUGUGGGACGACCUCGCUGCUGCUGCCGAUACGUUACCGUCUCCAUCUUUCGCCGGUUCGGGCUCUGAACCAGACCUCAUGUCCUACCGCGAGAACACAACGAACUCCUCGCCCAUACCGCCGCCCGUGUUCGAACAUCCUUGCGUGCCAUUAACGAAGAUCCUAUCGAGUGGGUCGUUCUAUUAUGCAUCGGGAAACCAGCACUGGGAUUUGAGUACUCGGUUGCAGGAAAGGCUGGCAAGAGAUGAGUGGUCGAGAAGGGAAGUGGGAUUGUUCGAUGAGAGAUUUGUGUGGAACGAGUACAUCGUGAGGAGCUUGCUGGACUUCAGAGAUAGAUUGGAUGAGCGGGAGAGGGAUGACUUCGACAGGUGCCAGUUUGUGCUGUUGGCCAUUCAAGGAUACGUCGGAGUCUUCAAUCUUGCCUUACCUGCACCACCGACAGAUGGAAAGCCCACGGUUGCUAGUUUGUGUCUCAUCUCUCGAUUAGGAUGGAAACGAGCGGGUACUCGGUUCAACACUAGAGGUGUUGACGAUGAUGGAAAUACUGCAAACUUUGUCGAGACCGAGACCCUCUUGAGCACGGAUCAGAAUUGUUACAGCUACGUCCAAGUCCGUGGAAGUGUCCCGUUGUUCUGGGAACAGCAAGGUCUACAAACGUUCGGACAACGCAUCCAAAUAACUAGGCCCCAGGCCUCGCAACAUGCCUUCGAUCGUCAUUUCUCAACCCUCAUCGAGCAGUACGGUGAAGUCAACGCCAUAAACUUGCUCGGAACCAAAGAAAACGAGGCAGCGCUGACCACAGCGUAUGCUAAGCAUGUGGACAACGCCAAAGGCCUUCCCAUAGUCAUCACGCACUUUGAUUUCCACAACGCGGUCAGGCUCGGUGGACAUGACUCGGUUAUUACGGGCGUGAAGCGUGUAAAACAUAUUGCUGACAAUAUCGAAGAUUUCAGCUUCACGAUGUAUGAUCUCGGAACCGAUGAAGUACUCGUACGCCAAAAGGGUGUAUUCCGCACCAACUGUCUUGACUGUCUAGAUCGAACUAACUUCGUCCAAGACAUCGUCUCUCGUGCUGCUCUAGAAGUAUUUCUUGGUCACGUUCGGCCGGAGUGGAUAUCCUCAACAUCGUUAUGGUCUUACCAUCGGGAACUGUGGGCCGAGAAUGGGGAUGCGUUGUCGAGGAUCUAUGCAGGUACAGGCGCCCUCAAUACGAGCUAUACGAGAAGUGGAAAGAGAACACUGGCCGGUGUACUGUCGGAUGCGACGAAGAGUGUGUCAAGGGCGUACAUCAACAAUUUCCAAGACAAGGGAAAACAAGUCGCUAUCGACAUGUUCCUCGGUAAUAUGAGCAAUCAACGACAAGUCACCAUUUUUGACCCUAUCCAUGAUUCUGUUCGAGCCGCUCUGGAACAACGGCUUCCAGAAUAUUCCUCGCCAAAGAAUUGCACUAUCUUCGUGGGCACUUGGAAUCUUAAUGGCCGGCCGCCCUCGGAGUCCCUCCUUCCUUGGCUUUACCCCAGACCUAACGCUCCCGACCCAGAUAUGUUCGUGUUAGGUUUCCAGGAGAUUGUACCUUUGACGGCACAACAAAUUGUCCAAACAGAUCCUGAGAAAAAGCGUUUAUGGGAGGCCAGAAUAUUAGAUGCUCUGGCACGGAGGCCGAACAAGAAAUGCGACUACGUGAUUCUCAGGAGCGAGCAGCUUGUAGGGACGGCGUUAAUCAUCGUGGUCAAGAGCGUCUUGAUCGAAGUUAUUCGGAACGUGGAAGCGACCACAAGGAAGACCGGUCUUCGAGGCAUGUCGGGCAACAAGGGAGCCGUCGGUGUCCGACUCGAAUAUCACGACACCUCGUUCUGUUUCCUCACCGCGCAUCUCGCAGCUGGUCACUCAAACGUGGAGGAGCGCAACGCAGACUACCACACCAUCGUCAAUGGCCUACAUUUCUUGAAGGGAAAGACCAUCGACAGCCACGAUAAUGUCGUGUGGCUGGCGGACACCAAUUAUCGGAUCGACCUGGACAAUGAACUGGUUCGAUCUUUAGCUCUUGAAGAUGAUUACGAUGGGCUGCUUGCAGCUGACCAGUUGAAGCAAGUGAUGGAUGCUCGUCUGGCUUUCGAGGGCUACCAAGAAGGCCCGAUACUUUUCCGCCCUACGUACAGAUAUGAUGUGGGCACGGAUAACUACGACACGAGCGAGAAAAUGCGGAUACCUGCUUGGACAGACAGGAUUUUGUUUCGCAGUUCUCAGCUCGAUCUCUCGGCAUACUCAAAGGCGGACCUGCGAGGAUCGGAUCACCGCCCAGUCUUUGCUGUCUUCCGAGCUACAGUCCACGUCAUCGAUCCACUCAAGAAAGCAGAGCUCUCCCGACUUCUCCUUGAUAGCGUGACAGCCACCGCACCUGGUGAGAAGCUGGACGAGAAGCUGGCAGCACUAGCGUUUUUGCCGUCCGUUGGCCUUGCUGGAGGCCCAGACGAUUUACCCCCGCCUAGCUCCGAGGACGAGGCGUGGUGGGACGGGCCCGACCAUCCAGGAGGGGUGAUGCCUAUCUCGCUGUCCCCGACCGACGAGUUCAAGCUGUCAUAUUCGAACGGCUCCUCGACCUCGGCCUCGACCAAUCCCUUCGACUCGUCUUCUACCGAGUCACCGCUAUCAGCUUCACCCUCGUCGUCCGUAGAAGAGCUCAUCGAUCAAGCCUUGCAGCUCCCUACGCCCAUGAUACCAGUGCCAUCACCGUCACCUUCCGCUACGACUACGUCGAUAGAAAAUAAAGCCACCGCAGAGACCAAGCCCUCGUCGGGGAUGUCGAAGAGGAAGCCUCCGCCGCCCCCUCCACCGACGAGAGGGUCGAACACGGGCGGAGCGGCUGGUGCGGCUUCGAGUGGAUGAUUCGGUGGCGGAAAGUUUUGCCCGGGCACUGAUUGCUGAGAGUGGACGGAAAGUUUCGUUUGUAGUGUAUAACGUAUCUUGCUUGCUGUUGGAAUGCCUGCGAUGUUUGGAUGUACGCCUAUGUUACCCUUGUAUGAUUGGUUUGUCCCAGAGCUGGAAGGCUGUUCGCUCAGUAUUCAGAAACGAAGCAAAGCAGAUAUCGCUCGGAAUAGAUACUUGGGACAAGGACAAGAAAGAAGAAAGCAAAUGCGUCCGAGGAUCCAAAUUACAAGCAUAUGCGGAUGGACAACCUGCGAAUAGCGCGAAAGUGCCACAGACAGAUACCACGAAGAGAAGCUACGAAGAGACGUAAUCACCGAGUCGGAUACCGUGUACCCUUCCAAGUACUUCGACGCACACAAAAAAAGGAGCUGUAAAGAGAGAAGAGUGACCCAGAAGAUCCAUCAGAUGAGACCCUGCUUCUUGAGAUCCUCGUAGGUCUUGCGAUUGUAGACGUUGCCCUCUUCGUCUUCGAGUUCUUCGGUCGUCUCCUGCUCGAAGAUCUCGUGGCGCCCUUCUUGCUUUAGCUUCUCUGCGAGUGAGAGGGCGUCCUCGAUUCUUGUUAUCUCGUGGAAAUGCUUUGUAUUCGGAAGCCCGAGCGCGCGCAUCCCGAAGGCAUGUCGGGAUUCUUGGAAGUGGCGGUCGAAGUUUUUUCGUCCCAUGUAUACAUGAUCUGAACAAAUCUCACACCGGUAUUCCACACCCAACCCAUGCAACUUGUACAGCCAAUAGGGAAUAGGCUUGCCGUCCCAUCCAAGCGGCAACUUUAGCGGAUUGUAAAUUCUCUCUUCUUCUUCCUCUUCCUCCUCGCCACCUUCCGCACCGCCCUUCCCAUUCGCCCCGCCUGCAGCCUGCUUGGGCUGGGAAGCGGCCUUCUCCUGCUCAAGUAGUUCUUGCUCGCGUUCACGGGCGGUGAGCGAGAAUCGACGCUCUACGUUCGAUUUCGUGUCGUUGACGACGGGAAGGAGUGUCGAUAGAAGAGUAGUACAGAGGUAGGAGAGCAGCGCGGCCACUCGGUGUUUAUCUUUGGACUUCGAGGUGGAGGCAUGUGGCGUCGAAGUGGCAGUCGAUGGUGGACCGUUGGGAUUAGCGGGUGGUGGUGCGGCGGUGGACUGUUUCUGGGACGCUUUGAUGUGCUUUUUGGACGUUAAGUGGGCAUCGUAUACUGUUUGCUUGGAGUACAUCUUUUGACAUGCAGAACACCAGAUACCCUCUGAGCCGUUUCCGUUCGCGUCUACCUGCGCUUUUGGUUGUUUCGUCUCCUCCCAUCCCUCGAUCUCCCCAGCUUCCCAUUUGACGUCGAAGUCAGCUUGUGUUUGCAUUUGUUGCGAUUCGAUAUCGACAAGAGGUUGUGUCCGGCGCAGGAAAGAGGUAAGAUAUGAAUGGAGGGAACGGAUAUAAGCUUCGUAGUCCUUCGUGAAUCUUGUCUCCUUCGAUAAUUCACGGUGAACGACACCGGAUUCAGAGAGCAUGAGGACGUCAAGGUAUUGGAGGUACGGUAGAUGUCGCCCAAUGUUCUUCAAGUUGUUGUAGGCAGUGUGGUUCGAGUAUAGAUCGAGAUAUCUGCCAUAUGCUUCCUCUCCAGAGAAAAGCAUGCCGACCGGGUCUUCCUCCACAUAGUCCUCAUCAGCGUCUUCGGCGCCUCCCUCAUCAAGAAGAGCAGCUAAUUCGAGUUCGUAGCCAUCUGCACCAGCAUCAGGAUACUUGUUGUGGUGUUCCUGAAUUUUGGCCAACCUAGAGUAAAAUUCCGACAGCUCAAUGCCGUUCUGGUUUGGUGCGCUCAACGAGCUCGCUUCAGCUUUACGCGUGUCCUCGUCCUCGUAGAGCGUGUUUAAUGCCGUGACUCGAGCUGAUACGCGGUCAAGAAUCUGGGAAGCUUUGUGUUCGUUUUGAAGACGUGUUUGGUGAGCAUUUGUUGGUCGAGAAAGAAUUGUGUAGAGGGCGCGUUCGAAGCGUUCAGUUUCUUCAUGCGUCUGUCGGUGCACCUCGAAGAUAGAGUCCAUGUUCCGUUGCCGUGAGCGCCGUAGACGUAAAGCUUGUCGUCGCCGAGCACAGAGUGGACGAGCGUGGCGCUUGUUCG